GGAGACGUCUUCCAAUGUCAAAAUUUUGUUUGAGCGGCCACAAAUCAAACAAACCUUUUGUUAUCAAGAAAUGUCAUGUUCAGUUAAUAUUUUCCACAAAAUUUUAUUUAUAAGCAAAAUGUGAUUUAUUGUUUACAAAACUAACGAAUUAGAAACUUUGCUGUUUAAACCUAAUAUAAAUUGAACAAAAAUCGGUGGGAAGUAGUGUGAGAAGCGCAAAGUACCAAAUAAAAGUGAAACAUAGUGUGAAAAAAGUAUAGUGCAACGAUGGAACAGGUCGAUUCUGCUGAACUGCAUCUAGGCAGGAUACGCGAUGUAAAAGACCUGGGUGUUCUUAAUGAUGAAGCCCGUGAUGUCGUAAAGGAAGAAGUAAUAUUGGAGAGUUCUGGUCAUCAGCUGGAUACUAAAGUGCGAAUGGUAACUUCUAAUGAGAAUAGUGGUGGCAGUGGGGGUGUGGUCUCGGUACCGGUAUCCCUGCCAAUAGGCUCUAUGAUCACAGGAGCCUCCUUUAAUGUGAUCACACCGGACCAAUUACCGCAUUUUAAGCAAAUGCUUUGCGUCGACAACGGAUAUAUAUCGAGCAGUCCUGUUGUGGGCAGUAUGGGGGGAGAUUUGAAGACAAUUGUCAUCCAGCAGACUACAGGUGGAGGCGGAGGGGUUGGAAUUAAUCAUGACGGCUCUGGCAGCAAUAACAGUCACGAUAGUACUGCAACCAGUGAACAUCCGGCUCAAGGUACUGGUUCGGGCUGCGGUUCAGGCACUGGAGUCAAUUGGGCUGAAACAACUCAUAUGGAAGUAUUUCCAAUUCGCUGUAAGACAACCAGCGCUGACUUAUAUCGUAGUAAAUUAGGUUCUGGAGGACGUGGGCGUUGUGUCAAAUACAAGGAUAAAUGGUAUACGCCUAGCGAAUUUGAAAAUGUAUGUGGACGUGGGUCGAGCAAAGAUUGGAAGAGAUCCAUAAAAUACGGUGGCAAAUCUUUGCAAUCCUUAAUAGAUGAUGGAAUUUUGACACCACACGCUACCAAUUGCAGCUGCACCGUUUGCUGCGAUGAUGAAGCUGCAUCUGGCCCGGUACGUUUAUUUACACCCUACAAGCGCCGAAAGCGAAAUCAGACCGAUCUGGAUGUCGAUACGGUGCCGAAAAGAAAACGUAAUAACAAUCCAAACAACAGUAAUAACAACGUGGAACCACCACCGACUGCAACUGUAGUUGAUGAAAAUAUCUUCUUAACUGCUGAGGAUAAUAUCGCGUCAAAGGACGAACCAUGGCCUACAUUGAAUGACAGCCUCGAUACAUCAACCGAAUUGGUUGACCAAACUCAAAUUAAUCCCUAUGAUCGCGAAACAUACGUAGUCAAUAUAAAUGACACUAGUUCAAUUGCUAUAUUGGAUAAUAGUCAAGCAAUGAAAAAUCUAGAGAAUGUCUACUGCACAAUGGUGAAGGCCACAAAUGACUUCAAGCGUAUUCUGACCGAUUUGAAGAAUUCAUAUGAUCGAAAGAUAGAAAUUCUUCAAAAGGAACGUGAUGCAGCAGUGGCAGCCAUGCGAAACCUCGAAGAUCCAAAUAUUUCAGGCUCUUUGCAUGGCAACGAAAUAAUCUCGGCAAAGAAGUGCGCCAAUUGCAACAGAGAAGCUUUAGCUGAGUGCUCGCUUUGUCGAAAGACUCCAUAUUGCUCUGAAUUCUGUCAACGAAAAGAUUGGAACGCUCAUCAAGUGGAAUGUACAAGGAAUCCCGCUCAGACAACAACUCAACAGAUUAUGCUCCUGGUGGAUGAGCAGUCCUAAGCGAAUUGUACAUAAUAAAAGUAUACAUAUUUUAAUUCUUUAUACAUUUCAAAAUGAUAAAAGAAUUUAAUAGCUGAAAAUCGAAGAAUGCAAAAAAGCUAAUUAAAAAAUACAAACAGAAUAAGAAAUUUAUUUAAACCGCAAAUCGAAGUAAAGUGAAAGCCAACAUCCAAAAAGGAAAGAUACAAAAGAAUAAAAAAAAAAAUAAAAAUAAAAACAAAAUAAAAAUAAAUAAGAAAAACAAAAAAUUGCAUAAUACAUAUUCGUCUAUGUAUACAUUUUCAUUAGUUUUUAAGCACAUAGUUAAACUUUUAACAUUUUAUUAUUUUAUGGAUAAAACUGCCGUUACAACAUCUAAUAAAGAUUUCAAAAUCAAAUUCGUAUAAAUAAGUGUAGUGAAAAACAAAAACAAAAACAAAAAAUUAAAAUGUGUUUUGUUCAUGGCACUUGAAAUCUUUAAAUUUGGGUGUGUAAUGGUUCAAAUUAUUAAAUUGGAAAUAAAUACCCUAGACGCGA